AUGAAAAUCGAUUUGCUUCUUCUUGUUCUUGUUCUUGUUCUCAGUCUUCGUUUCUCCCCUGAAUUUUCUCUCCAAUCGGAUCUCGAUCCCGACACGAUCCGAAUCCGUGACCCGAAGAAUUCGACCUCGCUGAUGGUAGUAAUAAUCUGAGAAAAAAAGAAAAAGAAAAAAGAAGAUAAGAGUUUGAGCUUGGAUGGGAGAGGAGGUGAGGAUGAGCGAGUACGAAGGAGGCGGCAGCGGCGGCGACGGCGACGGCGACGAGGAGAGGGUUUCGGAGUGGGAGGCCGGGCUUCCGACCGCCGAUGAUCUGACGCCGCUGUCUCAGCCGUUGAUUCCGAUGGACCUGGCGUCGGCGUUCAGUAUCUCCCCGGAGCCGUGCCGCACGGUGGUGGACGUCAACCGCGCGUCGCAGAAGACGGUGUCGACGCUGCGUGGGGGAGCGCACUCGCAGGCGUAUUCGUCGAACUACAAGUCGUUCGAGGAGAACAACAACCGCAGCGACGAGCCGAUGGUGGUGGAGCUGGAAGAGACGGAGCCGUACGGCGGCGGGGAAGGAUCCGAUUCGAGGAAAUCGAGGAGGGUUGAUAGCCCCGAGGAGGCGGAUUCGGCGCUCCGGAUCGAGAAUUCCUCGGGCGGCGGCGGAGGGGGCGGAGACGACCCGUCGGGUCGGGCGGUCAAGCGGCCGAGGCUGGUGUGGACCCCGCAGCUGCACAAGCGGUUCGUGGACGUGGUGGCCCACCUGGGGAUCAAGAACGCGGUUCCCAAGACGAUUAUGCAGCUGAUGAACGUGGAAGGAUUGACGCGUGAGAAUGUGGCCAGCCACUUGCAGAAGUACCGACUCUACUUGAAGAGGAUGCAGGGCUUGUCCAACGAGGGCCCCUCCUCGUCCGACCCGCUUUUCGCCUCGACUCCGGUGCCGCAGAGUCUGCACGAGUCGGGUGGGAGCGGGUCGGGUCACAGACAGGGGCACAUGCCCAUCUCGAUUCCCAUGCCUUAUCCGCCGGGCGCCAUGAUGGCUAUGCCUAGUAGUUACAUGGGGAUGUCCGGCGGGUAUCAUGGGUUCGAGUCGCAUCCUUCGUAUAACAUGAUGCAGCAGCAGAAGUAUGGUUCCAUGGUGCCAUACCCACCACAUGUUGCUCCUAAUGAGAAAUGAAAAAUCUUGCACAUUAAACUCAGUUUCUAUUUUGAAACUAGUUACCUUUGAAUGGUCACUUGUUGGAGGAAACUUGAAGAGGCUGAGCUUAUAGUAGGUGGGGUUGAAGAUGUGUUAAGAACUUGAGAUCUAAAGAAUAAUUGUCUUUUAUGUUUUAUUAUUUCCAACUGUAUUAUAUGGGUAUUUCGGCCAUUAAGCCUCAAUUUUUAGGAAAAAUUUAAGAAUAGUUGGAAAUAAAGACUAGAGUUUAAAAAUUUAGUGAUGCUCUUAGGUCAUGCAGUUCCAGUCAAAAUAGUUGUUUUCUUUGAUGUCUUUGCAUCAUCAACCCAGUAUGUCGCACAGUUUUGCAGAACGAAAUGAAAUUUAUAGAGUUGGCUUGGAAUGUUGGAUGCUUUUCUUCUUCACUCCAUUAUGAAACGCGAUGGUCUCCAAGUUCUCUCUUUUUUUAGCCAGGAACACUAUUUGAAGAAAAUGGGCAUAUAUCAG